UAUAGUGACUUUAGAAAUAGACCAUUUGAUCUUAAUUAAUUAAUGAGUAUAACAGAUUAAUAGAUUUCUGAUGAUCAAACCACACUUAAGCUAUAAUAUCAUAAGCAUUGAUGAUUAUAUGUAUGGAAGCUUCCCAGAGCAACAACAGAUCAACAGCAGCUGGCAAUGGAUGGAAGUUUAGAGGAUGCAGAAUUCCCAGAAUCCCAGCUUUGGGGCCUCAAUUUCUCCCAUACUGCCUCUUCUAAUGGGUACACAAGCAACAACAGCAACAGGGAGCAGAGUAUCACAUGGCAAACCCUCAAUGGUCUCCAUCUUGUCUCACUCGUACCUGCAGAGGAUGAGGAUCCAUUGCUUACAGUGACAUGGGCUGGAGAUGUGAAGGAAGUGAGGAGCAUCAUAACGGCUGAAGAACAUCAGAGAAACCUUAUAUUACCUAACAAGGACAGGUGGACUCCACUGCAUGAGGCAGCAUAUUACGGUCGUACAGAGUGCUUGAAGAUAUUGCUUGAAGCUGUUCCAGACAAAGUUAACUGUCAAACCCGUAAAGGCCAGACCCCUCUGAUUCUGGCUGUAUCUAGGGGUCAUUUAGGUUGUGUGGAAGAACUUCUAAAGAAAGGGGCAGAUCCUUGUAUUUCUACCAUAACCAAUGAGACUCCUCUAUAUGAAGCUUGUGCAACAUGUAAUGCUCAGAUAGUGCUGGUCCUGCUGAGAAAUGGAGCAGAUGCCAAUCAGAAAUGUUUUGAUGGAUGGACAGCACUUCAUGAGACAGCAUCUCGUGAUAAUAAGGACAUUUGUGAGAUUCUGGUUGGAUACGGUGCCAAUGUGAACAUUUCUAACGUUUAUGGAGUCACCCCCGUGUUCCUGACUGCCCAGUGUGGAUGUUUUCAUGCUCUUCAGUUUCUGGUGGAAAAAGGUUCUGACAUAAACAGCGAAGCUAAAGACGGAGCUACAGCUUUAUAUGAGGCCUGCAAACAAGAUCAUGAAGAAAUUGUCGAGUUUCUUUUAUCUUACAAUGCUGAUGCUAAUAGGCCUGGCAAGGACGGACUUUUGCCUCUUCAUUUUUCUGCGAAGUGUGGUAAUUAUAGAACCAUUUCCAUCCUAAUCCCAGUGACUAGCAGGACCAAAAUACAUCACAGCGGCAUCAGCCCCCUUCAUCUGGCGGCUGAGAACGAUGAGGACGAAGCUCUGGAGCUUCUGAUCCAGGCCGGUUUUAAUGUGAACGCGCUCCUCGUUCCAGAACGUUCCCGCAUGUACGAGGACCGGCGGAUCUCAGCUCUGUACUUUGCAGUCGACAACGGCAACAUCGAUGCUGCAACCAUGCUUCUUAAAGCAGGUGCUGAUCCAAACUUGGACCCCUUCAACCCACUUAUGCUGGCUGUUAGGCGAGGUCAGAUAAAAAUGGCCACCUUGCUCCUGGCGCACGGGGCCGACAUCAAUGCUUCCAUCCCCACACACCUCACCAGCUUCCCAGCCUGUGUGAUGCUGAGUGUAAGGAAUCUCACCUUGCUGAAAUGCCUGAUGGACCACGGCUGUGAUGCUGAAGCAUGCUUUUAUUGUAUAUACGGCUCCAAGAAGCACUCGACUGUGGUCACUGCUCUUUCUCAUAGGUCUCAGAUAGAGAGACGUUCCUGUUUACAGUUUUGUGAGAUGGUAACACAUCCCUCGGUGUGUCAUUGGGCAGGAGCCAUCUUGAAUCUGCUGCUGGAUUAUGUGGAUCAUGUGAAACUCUGUUCCAGACUCAGGGAACACUUGGAAAGCCAUGAUAUCUGGCCCAAUGUUAAAGAGAAAUUAAUGCUUCCACAGAGUCUGAUGCAGCUCUGCAGAUUAGAGAUCCGCAAGCUUGUAGGAAAAAAAAGACUGAAGUGUAUCAGCAUGCUGGACCUUCCAGGAAGAUUAAUCAGAUACCUGAAUCACGAUCAGCAGGAUGAUACUUUACGGACUAUGUGAUGUAAAACGUAAUGUUAUGUAUGAUAUUGAUGAUAUUGCAUGAGCUGUAUGUGCAUGGUUUGAAAAUGUAAAAAUACAUUAUUAGUACACUCACACACUCACUCACUCAUUUACUGUCUCAACCGCUUAUCCAAUUAGGGUCGCGGGGGUGCUGGAACCUAUCCCAGCUUUUCAAUGGGCGCAAGGCACACAGUAACACCAGCGCCAGUCCAUCGCAGGGCAGACACACACACACACCCAUUCACCUAUAGGGCAAUUUAGUGUCUCUAAUUAACCUCACUGCAUGUUUUUGGACUGUGGGAGGAAACCGGAGCUACCGGAGGAAACCCACGCAGACACAGGGAGAACAUGAAAACUCCACACAGAAAGGACCCGGACCUCCCCGCCUGGGGAUCAAACCCAGGACUUUCUUGCUGUGAAGCGACAGUGCUACCCACUUAGUCACCGUGCCGGCCAUUAUCAGUACACACAAGUUAAAAUGUCUAAAAGCAUUUGUGAUGUCAGACAGCCAAUGAGGUCCAAUGGUGUUUAAUCUAUUUGAGGUUAGGGCUCGAUGCAGGUCACUAGAGUUCCUAUGUGCCAAACUAUGUCUUUAUGGACCUUCAUUUGUGAACAGGAACACAGUCAUUCUGAAACAGAGAAGGAGCCUAUAAUUUAAAAUCUGAAUUUCAUUCAUCGCAUUGCAAGUAAGUUUUUUACAUAUAAGGAAUUUGACUUGGUGUACUGGAGUCUGACAGCUAGUAAUAUUAAAUAAAUCUAACAGAAUGUUCUGUAGGAGACAAUUGUUGCACAUGUUCACUGUAUGUGCAAUAUGUGCAAUGAGCAAAUGUGUAG